UCAAACCGGAGCAGCCGGUGCAUGAAUCGAGCGCACCGGCCGGUUGUCAACAGUCAAUCGGAGUGCAUGUGGAGCGGCCGUAUGGCUGCGUGUUUUACGGCACUGAUCAAACCGUGUCGUUAGUCGCUUCAUCCAGAAGAGACUCGACUGUCUGCAGUCAGUCAGACGGACAGCCAACAAACCAAACCAAGAAACGAUGGCUCAUCUAACUCAAAACCCCGCUGAUAAAGAGAGGUUCAUCUGCGUCUAUCCGGUCUACAUAAACAGUAAGAAGACGCUGGCUGAAGGACGGAGGAUCCCCUCAGAGAAGGCGGUGGAGAAUCCGUCCUGUGCUGAGAUCAGAGACGUCCUGACAGCUGCCGGCCUCAACGUCUAUGUGGAGAACAAGAUGCACCCCAGGGAGUGGAACAGAGACGUCCAGUUCAGAGGUCGAGUCAGAGUCCAGGUGAAGCAGGCUGACGGCAGCUUGUGUCAGGACAAAUUCACCUCCCGUAAAGACGUGAUGUUUUACGUAGCAGAGAUGAUCCCCAAACUGAAGACUCGGACUCAGAAGAGUGGAGGAGGAGACACCAGCUCCCAGCAGGGGGAGGGAGGGAAGAAGAGCAAGAAGAAGAAGAAGUAGACUCAAAGAAAUCACCUGUUCAUUUGAUUUCUUUUUAAAUGAAGUGUGAGGUCAGAGAUGAGAGUCGGGCCUGAACUUUAUUUCUUUUUAAGGAUUCAUGGUCACUGUGACCUCAGACACUCGUUCAGCUGCAGGCCUCCAAACUUAAAUGUGUUUCCUUUUAACGACCUCACGGAACGUUUCCCUGCUCACGGCUCGUCACACAGCAGCAGAGACGGAACUCAUUUCAGUUUUAUUUCUUGUUUCAGAGCUGGAGGAGAAAAGAUGGCUCCUCAUUCUGUUCAUCUCUCUGUGUCUCUUUCAAUAAAGAUUCAUUUUCUCAC